AUGGCAGCGAACGACUUCUACCAGCCUUACACCUCAGACCAUUCCCAACUGCAACAACAGCAACAGCAACAACACCAACCCUUAAAUCCCGACAGAACGUCUCCUCCGCCAGUCUGGUCCAACCAAAGUCUUCCUCCACUUCGCACGCCUUCGCCAUACGGUGCGUAUGGAAACCCCUAUGACCGCGACGGUAGUCAGUACAAUCCCCGCUCAGACCAUGGCUAUCCCCCUUCCCCUGGAGUUCAGAGUUUCGGAGGAGCUGUCGGCGGAGGCAUAGGCAUGACGGGAAGGCCGCAUGGCACUGAUUACUACGCAGACGAUAUCCCUCUCAAGGCCAAUGCUCAGCCAACCACUGGUGGACGACCGGAGUGGAUGGAUCCAGAUACCCAUUACCCCCUUGAGCGAGAGAGCCAACGCGUGCCACUGAACCCAAACCCGACAGCGAGACACUCGAAGGGAUGGGAGAGGAAAGGGAGAAGGUGGCUGAAGAAGAAGAUACCAUUUGUAACGUACUUUGUUACCCUGGUGCAGGUUGCUGUGUUUAUUGCGGAGUUGGUUCGGAGUGGAUCCCCAAUCAUGACCAAACCACAGUUUAACCCCAUGAUCGGCCCAUCGCCCUAUAUUCAGAUAUACAUGGGUGCCCGAUACGUUCCGUGCAUGCGGAACGUGGAAGGCGUCCAAAACAACCCAAAUGCCACGAACGGCCUCGUCCCCUUCCCUUGCCCAAAUACCACAACCUCAGACCCCUUUGCUCCCGAAAACCUAUGCCCUCUCUCCGAUCUCUGCGGUUUCAAAAAGACCAACAAGGUUCAUGAUCCGACACCCCAAGGCAGCCUUGACGAUAAACCAGAGCCAAACCAAUGGUUCCGCUUUAUCGUCCCCAUCUUCCUACAUGCCGGUCUGAUCCAUAUCGGAUUCAAUAUGAUGGCCCAACUCACCAUCGGCGCAGACAUGGAGCGCACAAUCGGUUGGUGGCGUUACGCAGUCGUCUACUUCGCCAGCGGCAUCUUUGGCUUCAUCCUCGGUGCUAAUUUUGCGCCCCCCGGCAUCCCCUCCACCGGCGCCUCGGGGAGUCUAUUCGGGAUCUUCGCCCUUGCUUUUCUCGACCUUCUGUAUUCCUGGAGUAGUCGGUCGAAUCCCGUCAAGGAACUCCUCAUUAUGCUGAUUACGGUCGCCAUAUCCUUCGUCCUUGGCCUCCUACCCGGCUUGGACAAUUUCUCGCACAUAGGCGGUUUCAUGGUUGGCUUGGUGCUGGGCAUUUCUGUUCUUCGCUCACCGGAUAAGCUGCGCAGGCGCAUCGAUUCGAUAACUCCUCAUCACGAUCCCUAUGACCCACUAAGUGCUAGCGGGGCCCUAGGAGCCGGAGCUGGGGCCGGCGAUGCAAUUGAUAAUCCAAAGACGGCGUUCAUGGUAAAACAGCCUGUGAAAUUUUUCCAGGGGAGGAAGCCGCUCUGGUGGGCGUGGUGGGUUGUUCGGGCGGGGACCUUAGUGGGGAUUCUGGUUGCAUUCAUCCUGUUGUUGAAUAACUUUUAUAAGUAUCGGUCGACGUGUGGGUGGUGCAAGUAUUUGUCGUGUUUGCCUAUUGCAGGGAAAAAUUGGUGCGAUGUAGGGAAGCUCGGUUAGGAAAAAGAACAAAAAUCGACCACCCUCGGCCAGCUACCUUCGUAUCUUACCAGCCUGCCUCUCUACUUACCCCUCUGUCUUGUAUUCCGUCCCGCCUUUUCUAACGACCGACAUGCCUCCCAGUACCUCUCCCAAUCCGCCAAGUUCCUAAGAACCCACAUGGCGAAAGAUUUCUUCCUUUUCUUUGCUUUACCCCUUACACUUCUGUUUACCCGGCAUCUACAUAGAGUAAUACCAUUUUGUUGAUUAUUUAUCUAUAUUUUUUUGUUGCUUUACCUUCAUUUCUUCGGUGUAUGGCGGCAUAAUAUCCUUCUUCCUUUUAAAUCUUUUCUUUUCUCUAUCGAGAAUCCGUGUUGUUUCCCUGUCUUGUUAUCUGUCUCGUUCUAUUAUCUUCCUCGUAAUUUGGAGGAUGGAUACUCCAAUUUGUUUCACCCUUCAGCUCCUUUCGCUGCCGUUUAAUGGUUGGUUUGUUCAGUACAUAGAGAUUUUGGCGUUAGCUCGUUUUUCCCCCUUUUAAUUUUUCUUCCCACCUAGUAUAUCUGUCGGGUUGUGCUGUUUAUUUCACUCCCACCCGGUUUUUAAUUGUUGCCUG